AUGUCACAAGAAAAUAGCGGGGGACUUGAACAAAGCAGUGGAGGGCCUGAUCAGAGCACAAUCAUUCGGGCUAUGCAACAACAGUUUGAGCAAAUGAACAUGUUGCUCAAUACGAUCAAUGACCGGUUGGAGAGGCAUGAUGAGCAGAUUGACCAGUUGCGACAAGCUCCCAAUCAGCAUCCAAGGAGGAACAAUGACCGACAGCCGGCACCUACUAUUGAUCCAUUUGAUGACCACGAGGAGGGAUCCUAUGAUGAUGAGGAUGAUGUGUCUUCCAUUGCCACAAUGAGACGAGCUCGAGGAGCAAGGGCUGAGAGGCCAUGGCGCGGACGUGGGAGGCACCAAGAAAGAGACACCAUUGAUCGUAAUAUGGGAUCCAUCAAGUUGACCAUUCCUCCGUUCCAAGGCAAGAGCGAUCCUGAUGUUUACAUCGAAUGGGAAAGGAAGGUUGAGUUGGUUUUUGAUUGUCACAACUACUCCAAGAAGAAGAAGGUGAAGCUUGCAGCUGUGGCAUUCACCGACUAUGCCAUAGUUUGGUGGGAUCAAUUGACGGUGAGUAGACGCCGAAAUGGGGAGCGACCUAUUGACAAUUGGGAGGACAUGAAAGCUGUCAUGCGGAAGAGGUUUGUCCCAUCCCAUUACUACCGGGAUUUACACUUGAAGUUACAGAAUCUUAAGCAAGGGUCUAAGACCGUGGAGGAGUACCAUAUGGAGUUGGAGAUUGCCAUGAUUCGCGCCAAUGUUGAGGAGGAUCGAGAGGCAACCAUGGCUCGGUUCAUUAGUGGACUUAAUCGGGAGAUUGCCAAUAUUGUGGAGCUGCACCAUUAUGUGGAGGUUGAACAAUUGGUACACAUGGCUAUGAAGGCUUGUUCGAAGCAAGAGGAGAAGGCCAAGGUAGACAAGCCCGCAGCCAAACCAUCAUCUGAUUCUAAGGAGAGGGGUAACUCUUCUUCCCAACCUCAAAGAAACUGUGAUGUAAAGUGCUUUCGUUGUUUGGGUUCUGGUCAUUAUGCUUCUCAAUGCCCGAACAAGAGAGCCAUGAUUAUGUUAGAUAAUGGGGAGAUUGAAAGUGCGAAUGAGCAUAAGAGUGACACUGACUCUAUACCAUCACUUGAAGAUGCCGAUGAUGUGGAGCAUGUUGUAUCGGGUCAAACUCUUGUUGUUUUGAGAGCUCUACAUGUGCAAGCCAAAGAAGAUAGUGAUGAGCUACAAAGAGAGAACAUUUUCUACACUCGAUGCCACGUGAAGGAUCGAGUAUGUGGACUGAUUAUUGAUGGAGGAAGCACUGUGAAUGUGGCAAGCAAGCUGAUGGUGGAGAAGCUUGGUUUGAGCACUCAAAAGCAUCCGAGGCCAUAUAGGCUUCAGUGGCUGAAUGAGAGUGGUGAAUUGAAGGUGACAAAACAAGUGUUGAUCUCAUUUUCUAUUGGGAAGUACCAUGAUGAAGUUUUGUGUGAUGAGUUUGAUGAUGUGUUUCCUGAGGAGAUGCCACCGGGAUUGCCACCAAUCCGUGGGAUCGAACAUCAAAUUGAUUUCAUCCUGAGAGCACCCAUUCCAAACCGGCCAGCAUAUCGGUGUAGUCCCGAAGAAGCAAAAGAACUCCAAAAACAAGUUGAUGAGCUGCUGACCAAGGGCUAUGUUCGAGAGAGCAUGAGUUCAUGCUCUGUGCCCGUGUUGCUUGUUCCUAAGAAAGAUGGCACAUGA